AUGGCGGGGCCCGGCGCGCCGCCCGCCCGCCCCGUUCCACUCCGCUCCGCUCCGCUCCCGCUCUCGCCCCGCUCGGUCCCGCCGUGCCCCGGAGAUGCUGUCGGGGCUGCGCCGCCGCCUUCCCCACCCGGAAGCGACCCACGGCGGCAGAUCCGACGUCGGCCUCUCCGGGAGAUCGUCCCCGGGGCUUCCUCUUUUCCUUCGGUUGCCGUGUGUGUGCCGGACACCUCUGGCAGGACUAACCCUAUCGCUUUUAUGUCCAACGUGCUGUAUGCCUGCAGGUAAGAAAAGCUGGAAGUGCAGUCCCUCUGCAUUGAUUGCUGUAUCUCUUUGGUAGUUAUUUUGGAGGGGAAUCAUAGAGUGAUUUGGUUUGAAGGGGACCUUUAAAGGCCACCCUGUCUUCCGUGGGCAGGGACACCUUCCACUAUCCCCGGUUGCUCCAAGUCCCAUCCAGCCUGGC